AUGUCUGAAGAAGUUGAUAAAGUUGCUGAACAAGUCCAAAAAACUUACUUGGAUGAUGUCACCGGUGAACAAGUUUCCAAAACCGAAUUGAAAAAAAGACAAAAACAAAGAGCAAUUGAAGCUAAGAAAGCUGCUAAGGCUGCUGCUGCUCCACCAAAGGCUGCUCCAAAAAAGAAAGAUGAAUUUGCUGACUUGAACCCAAAUCAAUUCUUUGAAAUUAGAUCCCGUCAAAUUUCUGACUUGAGAGAUAAAAACAAUGCUGAUCCAACUGCUUUCAACCCAUACCCACACAAAUUCAAUGUCGAUACCAGACUCCCAGAAUUUGUUGAAAAAUACGGUCACUUGAAAAGAGGUGAAACUUUAUCUGAAAUUACUGUUAAUGUCAGUGGUAGAAUUAUGACCAAGAGAGAAUCUGGUUCUAAAUUGAAAUUCUACGUCUUGAAAGGUGAUGGUAUUGAAGUUCAAAUCAUGGCUCAAGCUCAAGAUGCCGAAAGUCUCGAAGCUUUUGAAAAAAUGCACGAAAUGUUGAAGAGAGGUGAUAUCAUUGGUGUUACUGGUUAUCCAGGUAGAACUUCUCCAGCUAAAGGUGGUGAAGGUGAAUUGUCUGUUUAUGCUAGAACUGUGCAAUUGUUGACUCCAUGUUUGCACAUGUUGCCAACUGAACAUUAUGGUUUCAAAGAUCAAGAAGCUAGAUACAGAAAACGUUACUUGGAUUUGAUCAUGAACGAUUCUAGUAGAGAACGUUUUAGAGUUAGAUCAAAGAUUAUCCAAUACAUUAGAAAAUUCUUGGACAACAGAGAUUUCGUUGAAGUUGAAACCCCAAUUUUGAAUGUUAUUGCUGGUGGUGCUACUGCCAAACCAUUCAUUACUCACCACAAUGAUUUGAACAUGGAAAUGUUUAUGAGAAUUGCUCCAGAAUUGUUCUUGAAAGAAUUAGUUGUUGGUGGUAUGGAAAGAGUUUAUGAAAUUGGUCGUCAAUUCAGAAACGAAGGUAUUGAUAUGACCCAUAACCCUGAAUUCACCACUUGUGAAUUCUAUCAAGCUUAUGCUGAUGUUUAUGAUUUGAUGGACAUGACCGAAUUGAUGUUCUCCGAAAUGGUUAAAGAAAUCACUGGUGAUUAUGUCAUUAAAUACCACCCAGAAGGUCCAAACGGUAAAGAAAUGACCUUGGACUUCUCCAGACCAUGGAAGAGAAUCAACAUGAUUGAAGAAUUGGAAAAGGUUUACAAUGUCAAAUUCCCAGCUGGUGAUCAAUUGCACACUGAAGAAACCGGUGAAUUCUUGAAGAAAGUUUUGAAAGACAACAAAUUGGAAUGUAGUCCACCAUUGACCAACGCUAGAAUGUUGGAUAAAUUGGUUGGUGAAUUGGAAGAUGCUUCUAUCAACCCAACUUUUAUCUUUGGUCAUCCACAAAUGAUGUCUCCAUUGGCUAAGAAAGAUAGAAAUAUCCCAGGUUUGUGUGAAAGAUUUGAAGUUUUUGUUGCUACCAAAGAAAUCUGUAAUGCUUAUACCGAAUUGAAUGAUCCAUUUGACCAAAGAGCUAGAUUUGAAGAACAAGCUAGACAAAAGGCUCAAGGUGAUGAUGAAGCACAAAUGGUUGAUGAAACUUUCUGUAAUGCUUUAGAAUAUGGUUUACCACCAACUGCUGGUUGGGGUUGUGGUAUUGAUAGAUUGGCUAUGUUUUUGACUGAUUCCAACACCAUUAGAGAAGUCUUGUUGUUCCCAACUUUGAAACCAGAUGCUUUGGUUUUGAAAGGUGAAGAAGAAUUCAAGAAACAAGAAAACUAG